AUGGUAUUACAUGUCAUUUUAGUAUGUAUGUUUAAAGGGGGUUAUGUUGUUAUUGAGUUUUUCUUUUAACUAAAGAUAGAUUAUUAUAUAAAUUAUAUAAGAUAUAAAAUGAGUGAUAAGGAUAUUACGGAAAAAGAAAAUCUUUCAAACAAAUUUGUUUACUUAGAUAUUAAAAUAGGAAAUGAAAAAGCUGGCAGAGUAAUUAUCAAACUCUACAACAAUAUUGCACCAAAAACUGCAGAAAAUUUUCUAUGUUUAGUAACGGGUGAAAAAGGAAUUGGGAAGUUUGGAAAACCUCUACAUUAUAAAAAUACAAAUUUUCACAGAGCAUUCGAGAUCCACACAACUUUGAAAGAUUACGUAAAAAGUGGUCUGAGCAUGCUCGAAUGGCAAAUAGCAGCACAUCCCCCCAGUGUUCAUGUAAUUCAACAAAUAAAUGCAAAGGUCGAUUUGGCUUAGCAUGGGUAACAACACUACCCCAUGAUUGCUGUGAACCUGUAGAGUGGCAUUUUGAAAUAAUGGAUUCACCAUCAAAAGUGAAAAAAAAAUUCAAGGAAAUGGCUAAUUUUAUAAGUGACCAUGGACAUUGUCAACACCAAAAGUUUGCUGAAUCAAAAAAGAUUGCAAAUUUCAGUCAGAAUAAUUUUAACUGUAAGUGGAAGGAAGAGAAAGAAAAUAAAAACAGAUCGUUUAAUGCUGAUAAACUGAAGGAUGAAAAACAGGAAUGUUGUUCUACAACUACAAGUCACACACAAACUGACUCACACCAAAUUGAAGUAAAUGCUGAAUGCAACACCGAUAAUGAGAAUAAUUAUUCCAUAUUUCAAGUAAGAUUAAUCUUCCAUUACGAAUUUAAUUUUUUCAUUGACAACUAAUGGUAUUAGGGACUACAGAACUAUUUUCUAAGAGAAAUUCUAAGAGAAUGUCACGACCAAGUUCAAGAUCAAAAAGUAUUAAAAUACACGAGAAGCAAAAGUAUUAUGAGAAAAGUGUUUGAAAAUAAUGGUAAAAAAAAUCGGCAAAUUUUACAACGGGUUACAUUCAAUUUAAAUACAGGUUUACAAAAGAAUAGUUAUCCUGAAGAAUUGUCUCCAGAAAAUCAAACGACUGCAUUCCCAAUAUUGCAUGAGAAGCUUUCAUCUGAUAAAAAGCAAGAACAAUGUACAUUGAACAAAGAACAAGAGAGUAUUCCUGCAAAGAAUCAAAUUUUUACACACGAAUUUUCAAAACAGUUGUGUUUAUCAUCAAAGAAUUACCAACAAUCUGUUCAGAAACAGGUAAAUGGGCCUACCGAGAAAGACCAUCUGGAUCCUUAUCUAUCUUCUCAGAAGGAAAAAGAAUUUUGUGCUUGUCAUGCGGAAAAGACGCAAGAAUCGAAAGAACUAAAUAUUUCUUCAAAAACGCAAUUACCGAAGAAAAGAAGACAACCACUAAGCAUGGAAACGUUUACGCAAAACAAUAUGCAGAGUUUGCCAAAAAAUAACGAGCAUAUUUAC